CUCUCAAUUGCUUUACAAGGGAUCCCAAUGUUGCACCCCACCAACCGCCAUUGCUUCAGCUUGAAGCCUCUUAUCCAUUAACCACCUAUGACCCAUUGGCAGGUAGAAAAAGAAGAUAAAUUGGGGAUGGAAGUGAGCAAAAGAAGAAUAGGGGCUAGAGGGAGUGUGGUUGCGGGGUCUGUGUGGGAGAGCAGAAUGAAGAGUGAUGAAGUGAGAGGGGGAAUCAAGGUCUUCAAUGCAGAGGAUAAUCCUGAAGAAAAUGGUAAUGGUGGUGGUGCUUCAAGAUCGAAAAGAAACCCAAUUGGUGGAAAGAGAAAAACUUGGAAAUCAGAGAGCUUUGAUGGGUCAAUUCAGGUAGCUAGAGGAAAGCCAGAGACCCAGAAGAGUUCAGAGGAACAGUGUAAAGAACUCAGCAUUUCUUCUUCUUCUGAUGGAAUCAAGAAGAGCCCAAUUCACUCCAGAAAGAUUGCAGCUUGUGCAGAUAAAUUUGAGAGAAGCCCAAUUCAUUCCAGAAAGCUGAGAUCUGAAUCACACAAGGGUGGUUCAGAUGGUGGCAGAGAAGGUGGUGAUGCAGGGCAAUUGAGAAAGACCAAAUCAGAUUCAAUCAAGAAGAAUGCUGCUUCUGCUUCAAUUCAAUUGAGGAAGACGAAAUCCGAGUUGAAUCGAGUUCCAGAUGAGUCAACUGAUGGUGGAUGUGAAAAGAUUGAAGUUGAGAAUGGGAAGAAUGAUGCUGAUGAUAAAAAUUGCAUGGAUGUCGAUGAUGUGUGCCAAGAGAAGGUGAUAUCAAGCAGUUCAGAGAAUGUGGGUGUGGUCCAAUGUUCAACAGAAUUGUCGGUUCAGGGCGGUGAUGAUGAUUCAGAUGAUGUGAUUGUUGAUGAAGUGGACGAAGGAGAUGAAGAGGAGGAGUUUGAGAUUGAGAUGGAAGAGAGAAUUGAUGUGAAGGAAAUUAGUAUUCCAGAAUCUGAGGUUGUGAAGGAACCAGAAAAUAAUAAGGUUGUUGUGAAUGAACAAGACAAUAAGGUUGUUGUGAAUAAACCGGAACCUAAGAAGGUGGUUGUGAAUGAACCGGAACCUAAGAAGGUGGUUGUGAAUGAACCAGAAUCUAAGAAGGUGGUUGUGAAUGAACCAGAACAACCCAAGAAGAUUCUGAACGAACCAGAAUCUAAGAGAGUUGUGAGUGCCCACAUGCGAUUUCAUCACAGAAAUGAAAGAAGACCCGUUUCUGUCCCUCUUGUUCAGAAGCAUUCUCCAGUUAGAAGGAAUUCCACAAUUUACCAAAAUUUCCCCGAAGCAAAUUCAAUUCCAAAAGCACAAGAAUACCGUAGCUUUCCACAGACCCAAAGCAAGUUGCAGAGUCUAGUGGAUUUAAUUAUGUGGAGAGAUGUUUCAAGAUCAGCAUUUGUUUUCGGGUUUGGAACAUUCAUCAUUGUUUCAUCCUCUUAUGCAAAGGAUAUCAAUCUGAGCCUUAUUUCAGUGAUGUCCUAUAUAAGUCUUGUCUAUCUCGCUGUUAUAUUCCUGUAUAGAUCCCUAAUUUGCAGGGGUGUAAUAGAAGUUGAUGACUCAAAUUAUGUACUGGGAGAAGAAGAUGCAAUUUGGCUGCUAAAAUUGAUCCUCCCAUACUUGAAUGAGUGCCUAUCAAAACUCAAAGCCCUGUUUUCUGGAGAUCCGGGCACCACAAUAAAGUUGGCAGUUUUGCUCUUUGUUUUGGCUAGAUGUGGCAGCUACAUAACCAUUUGGAAGAUGGCCAAAUUUGGCUUCUUUGUAGUUUUUACCGUACCAAAGAUCUGCUCUUCGUAUUCUGCACAGUUAACUGCAUAUGCAAAUUUUUGGAUUCGUCGAUUCCGGGAUGCAUGGGAUUCAUGCACUCACAAGAAAGCCGUGGCUCUUGGCAUCUUUGGGCUUGUAUGGAAUUUAUCAUCAGUUGUUGCUCGCAUUUGGGCAGUAUUCGUGCUAUUUGCGGCCUUCAGAUACUAUCAACAACAUUAUUUGGUGAGAGAUGAAUGUGGGGAAGAGGAAGGCCUAGGAGGAUGUGAUGAAACAUGGGAAGAACCAGUUGGAGUUAGACAGAAGCAAGGACGUGUAGCCAACUUUGUUGAUACCAAUAAAGUAAAGAAAGGGUUCUAAAAGAGUGUGUUGAUGGUGGUCGCUACAUAGUGGUACCACACAUUUAGCUGCCUUGUCCGGUUAUUGCUGCACCGUGCCAUUUUCUCAUUCAAACUUUUCCUUUCUUUUUAUAAUUUUGAAGUUUCAUAUAGAAGUUUCUUUUUUUAUAUAUAUAUUUGUGUCUCCGCUGUAAAUUUUUGUUCAGUUGAUAUAAAUGUUAAUUUAGGUAACGAAUCCA